CACGAAAUUACUUCUUACUAGUAUUACUCUAGUACAGGAACUCUACCCAGUUAACCUAGACUCCACUGGUAUGUUACUAGUUAGUUAUACCGGGGCCCUGGGGGGGGCACUGGGGGGUGAAUGUUCAAUGAGUAUGAGGUCGCAAGGGUUGUUGAUUGAUGGUCCUUCCAUCGGGCCAAUCACGGAUCUCCAAUCAGUUUCAACCUGUCAUCGAUCCGCCGUCAAUCGCUCACCCGAACGAGAUCCGUGGUUCGUCUCGCGAGACCUGCCCCCGUAUCGCCGCUACCCAGACGCCCGCCCACACUCCAGUUGCACCACCACCACCGCGCACUGCAUCCUGUCUCUAAUAAGGAACUUUUUCGCUUUCCAUCGCGCGCGCGCAUUGCCCAGUCUUCCCCAUCGGUCGCGCACAAAAUUCAGAAUAAUUACAUCGCGAAUGCUGGUCAAUUGAUCCCUUUGUUAAAGGUGUGUUUAUUUCGUGAUACUAGUGGCAUUAUAUCUGGUCAUUUCCCUCAUUGCCAUCCACGGCGUCCGUUCGUUUCUCACGCUCCCUCUACCACCGUACAUAGCUUGCCAUCCAUUGACUGGACAAACAUCUUUCGACUCAAA